AUGGCCAUUUUUUUAAACGACCCGAAAUUCAAGCCAAAAAAUCCCCGUGCUGUUAAACUGACCAUCACCUUACCUCCAUUCACAGCUCCACGAACUAUUUCCACAUGCAAACACAGGAAGCGCGUUUCUCCGCACCAAUUCUGCCACGAAGUCUUCGAGAACGCCGAUGUCUCGGAGGUGUUUCGUAAGUCUACCUGCGAGAACGUGACAGCUAAAAAUAAAAAUGCCAUAAACAGUGUUGUCAGAGAGGCACUUGGAGCUCCGCGGAUUUACUUUAAUAAGACCGAACUCAGCAUCAUCCUGCACAUGUACAUUCAGAUGACGGGGCAGGAGAUGCGGGACAUUUCGACGGAAGAAAUGAAGGGCUUUCUACACAGCACUCUGGGAAUCACAAACCCCUAUUCUUUGGAUGGUCUAUGCAGAGCAUCUGGGGUUAUGGACUCGGCAACAGGUGUGGGCUCAAAGCGCCAUAUAUCGCCCCUCGCUUUUGUGCGAACCCUGUCUAUCCUCCUGCGAGGGACGAUUGACGAUCGAGCGGAACUGGCAUUCCACGUAGUCGACUUUGACGGUGACGGAUUGCUGAGGAAGACGGUGGAGUUCAGGCGACUUCUGCACAAUUCAUUUGAUGUCUCAAUUUCAGCGCAGAAUCCCGAAAUCGACCCGGAUGAGCCGUCACGGGAUACGGUGAAUUACCUCUGUGACAAACUUAACUGCACCGUCACCUCCCACGUUUCUUUGCCUUAUUUUCGAGCCAUGUGCCUUGAAGAACCUUGGAUUGUGGAGUGCUUGCUGCCGUGCAUCCCUGAGGAGCGCAUAAACAUCGUCUUUCAGAGUCUUUUCACCACCUCAGUGCAUAUACCGUCACUGGAGCACUCACGGCAAAUCUCCAGAUAA